UUUCAAUUUGUGCUUUUUAAUUGUGUGAUAGUGGAUCUGAGUUUGUGAUGCUGCGGGGCGAAGUCGUUGGAUCGUUGCAAGGCCCUUAAAAUUGGGUCGUUAGGUCAAGAGAUUGAUAGAAUUCAAAUUAGUCGAAUAAUUCUGUUUUCUGCUGGUACAGGGAACCUGCAUUGCAACUGGUCAACUGGGUAGGUGACGUCACAGCGGCGACGGACCGGGUGACGUCACAUCAUGUCGUCGGUCAAGGUGGCCGUGCGUGUGCGGCCGUUCAACGGCCGAGAGAUCAGCCGCGAGUGUGACUGCGUCAUCGAGAUGGACGGCAACACCACCACUAUCACAAAUCCAAAGCAAAUAAACGAUAACAUCAAGAGUUUUAAUUUCGACUACUCGUACUGGUCAAUAGAGCCGGCCGCUCCGCAGUUCGCAUCACAGGAGCGCGUCUAUCAGGAUAUCGGUGUUGAGAUGCUCGACCACGCCUUCGAAGGCUACAACGUCUGCAUCUUCGCGUACGGCCAGACGGGCGCGGGCAAGUCGUACACGAUGAUGGGCAAGCCGGAUGGUGACCAGGAGGGUAUCAUCCCGCGGAUCUGCCGUAACCUGUUCCAGCGCAUCUCGAACGACGCCGAGCCGGAGGCGCAGUACUCGGUGGAGGUGAGCUACAUGGAGAUAUACUGCGAGCGCGUCAGGGACUUGCUCAAUCCCAAGAACAAGAACCACCUGCGGGUGCGCGAACACCCGCUGCUCGGUCCUUAUGUGGAGGACCUCUCCAAGCUGGCGGUGACUGCGUACGAAGACAUCCGAGACCUGAUGGACGAGGGCAACAAGGCCAGGACGGUGGCUGCCACCAACAUGAACGAGACGUCCAGCCGGUCCCACGCCGUCUUCACCAUCAUCUUCACGCAGCGGAAGUACGACGCGGCCACCGACCUCACCUCGGAAAAGGUCAGCAAGAUCUCGCUGGUUGACCUGGCGGGGUCGGAGCGAGCUGACUCGACCGGAGCCAAGGGCACCCGGCUGAAGGAGGGAGCCAACAUCAACAAGUCGCUGACCACCCUCGGAAAGGUCAUCUCGGCACUUGCUGAAGUGGCGUCCAAGAAGAAGAAGAAGGCCGAGUUCAUCCCGUACCGGGACUCGGUGCUGACCUGGCUGCUGCGGGAGAACCUGGGCGGCAACAGCAAGACGGCCAUGGUGGCCGCCCUCUCCCCGGCCGACAUCAACUACGACGAGACGCUCUCCACGCUGCGGUACGCGGACCGUGCCAAGCAGAUCGUCUGCAAGGCUGUGGUGAAUGAGGACGCCAACGCCAAGCUGAUCCGAGAGCUGCGGGAGGAGAUCAGCCGGCUGCACGACCUGCUCAAGGUCGAGGGCAUCCAGGUGGACUCGGACGGGACCGUUAAUUAUUCCAAUAAUAAGCCCAAGUCGAAUUCGGCUGCCGAGGAGGGCUCGGCUGAGGCCAGCGGUACCAGCAAUGUCACCAAGGAUGCCGUCCACCAGCUGCAAGUCAACGAGAAAAUCAUGGCAGAGCUCAGUGAGACCUGGGAGGAGAAGCUGAAGCGCGCCGAUGACGUGCGUCAGUACCGGGAGACGGUGUUCGCUGAGAUGGGUAUCGCUCUGAAGGAGGACGGCAAGACGGUGGGCAUCUUCUCGCCGAAACAGACACCUCACCUGGUGAAUCUGAACGAGGACCCGUCCAUGUCCGAGUGUCUCAUAUACUACAUCAAGGAGGGCAUCACGCGCGUGGGCUCGGCAGAGGCCAACAUCCCGCAGGACAUCCAGCUGAUCGGCACGCACAUCUACAACGAGCACUGCAUCUUCGAGAACAGGGAGGGCGUGGUGAUGCUGAUACCCAAUGACGGCGCGCUCUGCUAUGUGAAUGGGCGGACCAUCACCCAGCCGGUGGUGCUGAGGACCGGCAGUCGCGUCAUCCUCGGCAAGAACCACGUGUUCCGCUUCAACCACCCCGAACAGGCCCGUGAGCGGAGGGAGAAGUCCCCCAGCCGAGAGACAACUCCCAGCAGCGAGUCGGUUGACUGGCAGUUUGCCCAGUUGGAGCUACUCGAAAAACAGGGCAUCGACUUGAAGAAGGAGAUGGAGAAGCGUCUGGAGGCGAUGGAGGAGCAGUUUAAAAAGGAGAAAGAAGAGAGCAAACUGCAGUUUGAGAAGGAGCGGAAGAACUACGAGGCCAAGAUUGACGCACUGCAGAAGCAGGUGGAGGAGCAGACGAUGACCAUGUCCAUGUACUCGUCCUACACGGCCACCGACGACUUCGCGCCGGAGGAAGACGUUUACGUGAAUCCUCUGUUUGAGAACGAGGUGAGCUGGACAGACCGCGACUUCCAGCUGGCGGCCACGUGUUUCCAGAAGUGGCGCUACCACCAGUUCACCUCGCUGCGAGACGACCUCUGGGGCAACGCCAUCUUCCUCAAGGAGGCCAACGCCAUCAGCGUCGAGCUCAAGAAGAAGGUCCAGUUCCAGUUCACGCUGAUGACGGACACCAUGUACAGCCCGCUGCCAGCUGAGCUGACGCCCUCAGCUGAGGACGAGCUGGAGGCGGCCGCCGAGGGACGCCCCUACCCUCGCACCAUCGUCGCAGUCGAGGUCAAGGACCAGAAGAACGGAGCAACACACUUCUGGAGCAUCGAGAAACUGCGACAACGUCUGGAACUGAUGCGCGAGAUGUACCACAACGAGGCGGAUCUGAGCCCCAGCUCUCCGGACCACAGCGUCGACAACGUCACCGGCGGCGACCCGUUCUACGACCGCUUCCCCUGGUUCAGGGUCAUCGGCAGAGGUUUCGUUUACCUGAGUAAUCUGCUGUACCCGGUGGCGCUCAUACACAAGGUGCCCGUGGUUAACGGUAACGGAGACGUCAAGGGCUACCUGCGCGUGGCCGUCCAGGCCGUGCUGGACGAGGACGGGUUGGAGUGCUCCUCGGGUGUGCGCCAGUCGGCUCGGAUCACCUUCAGCGACGACCAGCUGGCGGCACGGCCGGCCGGCGCGCGCGGACCGCCGCCACUAGGAGAGGACGCGUCAGUAGAGGCCGGCGCGCUCACACGAGACGGCGAGACGGACGCGGACAGCGGCCGCGGCGACUCGGAGAAGGAGGCCGAGGAGCAGCUGCCGGCCCACCUGACGCCCGGCGCCGAGUUCACCUUCCGUGUCACCGUCCUGCAGGGCAUGGGCAUGCAGAGCGACUACUCGGACGUCUUCUGCCAGUUCAAGUUCCGACAUCGCGACGACGAGGCGUUUUCAACAGAGCCUAUCAAAAACUCUGGGGCCGCGCCCAUCGGCUUCUAUCACGUCCAGAACAUCACUGUGACGGUGAGCCGGUCGUUUGUCGAGUACCUGAAGACGGAGCCGCUGGUGUUCGAGGUGUUCGGCCACUACCAGCAGCACCCGCUGCACAACGACUCGCGCAUGGACUCUUGCCUCCGUCCGCCGCCACGUCGUCUGCAGCCGCUGGCCAUUCCCAUCAGCCAGCCGGUGCGCUCGUCCAAGUUCGGUCCGCUGCAGCAGCCGUGCUCGGCCCACGUGCACGCCCGGCACGACAUCCUCGUCUGGUUCGAGAUCUGCGAGCUCGCACCCAGUGGGGAGUACGUGCCAGCCGUGGUGGAGCACCAGGACGAGCUGCCGACGGGCGGUCAGUUUCUGCUGCACCAGGGCAUCCAGCGCCGGCUGAGAGUCACCGUGGUGCACGAGCGUAGCGCUGAGAUCAACUGGAAGGACGUCAGGGAACUGGUGGUCGGCCGAAUCCGCAACACGGUGGAGUUUGAGGAAGAGGACGAGAACGACACGAGCGUGCUGUCGCUGGGCCUGUUCCCCGGCGAGUACAUCGAGUACGCAGGCGACUCGCGGACCAUCUUCCGGUUCGAGGCGGCCUGGGACUCGUCUCUGCACAACUCUGUGCUGCUGAACCGGGUGACGCCGUACGGAGAGGUGGUCUACAUGACCAUCUCUGCCUACCUGGAGGUGGCCAACUGCGCUCAGCCGGCCAUCAUCACCAAGAACCUGUGUAUGACUAUCUACGGCCGGGAGGCGCGCACGGCGCCGCGCACCUUCCGCCGGCUGUUCCUGGGCGGCCUGAGGACCAGCGACGCCAACCGGCUGACGGGUGUCUACGAGCUCAGCCUGCGCCGCGCCGCAGACGGCGCCGGCGCCAGCCGCCGCCAGCGGCGCGUGCUCGACACGAGCGUGCAGUACGUACGCGGCGAGGAGAACCUGGAGGGCUGGCGGCCGCGCGGCGACAGCCUGCUCUUCGAGCACCAGUGGGAGCUGGAGAAGCUGACCCGGCUGCAGGAGGUCGGCAGGAUCAGACACCUGCUGCUGCUGAGGGAGAAGCUCGGCCUCGACCGGCUGCCCUGUCUCGGACACGAGUUCAGCAAGUCCGAGAAGGACGUGUGUAACCAGGUGGCCAAGGCGAGCAGCGAGGGCCGGCUGACAUCUGUGACCGCCCCUCCGGCCCGCACCCCUCCCGAGGACGUAUACGAGCCCUGGCAGAUGACCGAGCGGGAGCGGUACAUCGCCUCCAAAUACGUCGGACUCAUACUGGGCCACAGCGUGCAGACGCUGCCCAGCCACCCGCCGGUGACCUCGGUGGAGCCGCCGACCUCGCCGGUCGCCGGCGAGCUCCUCUCUCCAGACAAGCCGCUGUGGAGCGGGGAGCGGCCCAACACUCUGGCCACCGACGGCCCGCUGCGCCGGCCUGCCGGCUCGCCGCUGCCCUCGCCCGGAUCGCCGAUGGUGCUGGCCGGCGCCGAGCGGCCGGCGGCGCCCCAGUUCUGCGCAGAGCUCGAGGAGAUCCGCGUCUCGCCGGCCGUCAGCCGGCGCGGCCUGCUGCAGGUCUACGAGGAGCAGACGCAGACCUGGCUCAAACGCUGGCUGGUGGUGCGGCGGCCGUACGUGUUCCUGUUCCGUGACGCCAAGGACCCGGUGGAGCGCGGGGUCAUCAACCUGGCCACGGCGCAGAUCCAGUUCAGCGAGGACCAGCAGGACGACGUGCCCAACUCCUUCAGGGUGUCGACGCAGCACCGGCAGUACCUGCUGCAGGCGGUCGGCAAGGACCCGGUCCGGGAGCUCUACGAGUGGCUGUACGCCAUGAACCCGCUGCUGGCCGGGCAGAUCAGGUCCAAGCAGGGCCGUCGACGCCGGAUCUCCGGCAGUCGGCCGCGCGAAUCGUGUGGGCUCGCGCAGCGCGGCGCCGGCAGCGUUCACCACAAACACGGCGGCGGCGAGGGCGCGGUGCACGCGCCGCCACGGCUCGGCCUGGUGCGGCUGGAGGCGCGCCGCCGCCAGCGUCUCGGCCACGUCCGGGAACAGCAGGCCGUUGUACUCGUGGUCGGGAUCGACGAGGACGGUCUGGAAUGCUCCUCUGGUGUGCGCCAGUCGGCCCGCAUCACCUUCAGCGACGACCAGCUGGCAGCGCGGCCGGCCGGCGCGCGCGGACCGCCGCCACUAGGAGAGGACGCGUCCGUAGAGGCCGGCGCGCUCACACGAGACGGUGAGACGGACGCGGACAGCGGUCGCGGCGACUCUGAGAAGGAGGCCGAGGAGCAGCUGCCGGCCCACCUGACGCCCGGCGCCGAGUUCACCUUCCGUGUCACCGUCCUGCAGGGCAUGGGCAUGCAGAGCGACUACUCGGACGUCUUCUGCCAGUUCAAGUUCCGACAUCGCGAUGACGAGGCGUUCUCGACGGAGCCCAUCAAAAACUCCGGGGCGGCGCCCAUCGGCUUCUAUCACGUCCAGAACAUCACUGUGACGGUGAGCCGGUCGUUUGUCGAGUACCUGAAGACGGAGCCGCUGGUGUUCGAGGUGUUCGGCCACUACCAGCAGCACCCGCUGCACAACGACUCGCGCAUGGACUCCUGCCUACGUCCGCCGCCACGCCGUAUCCGCAACACGGUGGAGUUUGAGGAGGAGGACGAGAACGACACGAGCGUGCUCUCGCUGGGCCUGUUCCCCGGCGAGUACAUCGAGUACGCAGGCGACUCUCGGACCAUCUUCCGGUUCGAGGCGGCCUGGGACUCGUCUCUGCACAACUCUGUGCUGUUGAACCGGGUGACGCCGUACAGAGAGGUGGUCUACAUGACCAUAUCAGCCUACCUGGAGGUGGCCAACUGCGCUCAGCCGGCCAUCAUCACCAAGAACCUGUGUAUGACCAUCUACGGUCGUGAGGCGCGCACGGCGCCGCGCACCUUCCGCCGGCUGUUCCUGGGCGGCCUGCGGACCAGCGACGCCAACCGGCUGACGGGCGUCUACGAGCUCAGCCUGCGCCGCGCCGCCGACGGCGCCGGCGCCAGCCGUCGUCAGCGGCGCGUGCUGGACACGAGCGUGCAGUACGUGCGCGGCGAGGAGAACCUGGAGGGCUGGCGGCCGCGCGGCGACAGCCUGCUCUUCGAGCACCAGUGGGAGCUGGAGAAGCUGACGCGGCUGCAGGAGGUCGGCAGGAUCAGACACCUGCUGCUGCUCCGGGAGAAACUCGGCCUCGACCGACUGCCCUGUCUCGGACACGAGUUUAGCAAGUCCGAGAAGGACGUGUGUAACCAGGUGGCCAAGGCGAGCAGCGAAGGCCGGCUGACAUCUGUGACCGCCCCUCCGGCCCACACCCCUCCCGAGGACGUGUACGAGCCCUGGCAGAUGACGGAGCGGGAGCGGUACAUCGCCUCCAAAUACGUCGGACUCAUACUGGGCCACAGCGUGCAGACGCUGCCCAGCCACCCGCCGGUGACCUCGGUGGAGCCGCCGACCUCGCCGGUCGCCGGCGAGCUCCUCUCUCCAGACAAGCCGCUGUGGAGCGGGGAGCGGCCCAACACUCUGGCCACCGACGGCCCGCUGCGCCGGCCUGCCGGCUCGCCGCUGCCCUCGCCCGGAUCGCCGAUGGUGCUGGCCGGCGCCGAGCGGCCGGCGGCGCCCCAGUUCUGCGCAGAGCUCGAGGAGAUCCGCGUCUCGCCGGCCGUCAGCCGGCGCGGCCUGCUGCAGGUCUACGAGGAGCAGACGCAGACCUGGCUCAAACGCUGGCUGGUGGUGCGGCGGCCGUACGUGUUCCUGUUCCGUGACGCCAAGGACCCGGUGGAGCGCGGGGUCAUCAACCUGGCCACGGCGCAGAUCCAGUUCAGCGAGGACCAGCAGGACGACGUGCCCAACUCCUUCAGGGUGUCGACGCAGCACCGGCAGUACCUGCUGCAGGCGGUCGGCAAGGACCCGGUCCGGGAGCUCUACGAGUGGCUGUACGCCAUGAACCCGCUGCUGGCCGGGCAGAUCAGCGUUCACCACAAACACGGCGGCGGCGAGGGCGCGGUGCACGCGCCGCCACGGCUCGGCCUGGUGCGGCUGGAGGCGCGCCGCCGCCAGCGUCUCGGCCACGUCCGGGAACAGCAGGCCGUUGUACUCGUGGUCGGGAUCGACGAGGACGGUCUGGAAUGCUCCUCUGGUGUGCGCCAGUCGGCCCGCAUCACCUUCAGCGACGACCAGCUGGCAGCGCGGCCGGCCGGCGCGCGCGGACCGCCGCCACUAGGAGAGGACGCGUCCGUAGAGGCCGGCGCGCUCACACGAGACGGUGAGACGGACGCGGACAGCGGUCGCGGCGACUCUGAGAAGGAGGCCGAGGAGCAGCUGCCGGCCCACCUGACGCCCGGCGCCGAGUUCACCUUCCGUGUCACCGUCCUGCAGGGCAUGGGCAUGCAGAGCGACUACUCGGACGUCUUCUGCCAGUUCAAGUUCCGACAUCGCGAUGACGAGGCGUUCUCGACGGAGCCCAUCAAAAACUCCGGGGCGGCGCCCAUCGGCUUCUAUCACGUCCAGAACAUCACUGUGACGGUGAGCCGGUCGUUUGUCGAGUACCUGAAGACGGAGCCGCUGGUGUUCGAGGUGUUCGGCCACUACCAGCAGCACCCGCUGCACAACGACUCGCGCAUGGACUCCUGCCUACGUCCGCCGCCACGUCGGCUGCAGCCGCUGGCCAUUCCCAUCAGCCAGCCGGUGCGCUCGUCCAAGUUCGGUCCGCUGCAGCAGCCGUGCUCCGCCCACGUGCACGCCCGACACGACAUCCUCGUCUGGUUCGAGAUCUGCGAGCUCGCACCCAGUGGGGAGUACGUGCCGGCCGUGGUAGAGCACCAGGACGAGCUGCCGACGGGCGGUCAGUUUCUGCUGCACCAGGGCAUCCAGCGCCGGCUGAGAGUCACCGUGGUGCACGAGCGAAGCGCAGAGAUCAACUGGAAGGACGUCAGGGAACUGGUGGUCGGCCGUAUCCGCAACACGGUGGAGUUUGAGGAGGAGGACGAGAACGACACGAGCGUGCUCUCGCUGGGCCUGUUCCCCGGCGAGUACAUCGAGUACGCAGGCGACUCUCGGACCAUCUUCCGGUUCGAGGCGGCCUGGGACUCGUCUCUGCACAACUCUGUGCUGUUGAACCGGGUGACGCCGUACAGAGAGGUGGUCUACAUGACCAUAUCAGCCUACCUGGAGGUGGCCAACUGCGCUCAGCCGGCCAUCAUCACCAAGAACCUGUGUAUGACCAUCUACGGUCGUGAGGCGCGCACGGCGCCGCGCACCUUCCGCCGGCUGUUCCUGGGCGGCCUGCGGACCAGCGACGCCAACCGGCUGACGGGCGUCUACGAGCUCAGCCUGCGCCGCGCCGCCGACGGCGCCGGCGCCAGCCGUCGUCAGCGGCGCGUGCUGGACACGAGCGUGCAGUACGUGCGCGGCGAGGAGAACCUGGAGGGCUGGCGGCCGCGCGGCGACAGCCUGCUCUUCGAGCACCAGUGGGAGCUGGAGAAGCUGACGCGGCUGCAGGAGGUCGGCAGGAUCAGACACCUGCUGCUGCUCCGGGAGAAACUCGGCCUCGACCGACUGCCCUGUCUCGGACACGAGUUUAGCAAGUCCGAGAAGGACGUGUGUAACCAGGUGGCCAAGGCGAGCAGCGAAGGCCGGCUGACAUCUGUGACCGCCCCUCCGGCCCACACCCCUCCCGAGGACGUGUACGAGCCCUGGCAGAUGACGGAGCGGGAGCGGUACAUCGCCUCCAAAUACGUCGGACUCAUACUGGGCCACAGCGUGCAGACGCUGCCCAGCCACCCGCCGGUGACCUCGGUGGAGCCGCCGACCUCGCCGGUCGCCGGCGAGCUCCUCUCUCCAGACAAGCCGCUGUGGAGCGGGGAGCGGCCCAACACUCUGGCCACCGACGGCCCGCUGCGCCGGCCUGCCGGCUCGCCGCUGCCCUCGCCCGGAUCGCCGAUGGUGCUGGCCGGCGCCGAGCGGCCGGCGGCGCCCCAGUUCUGCGCAGAGCUCGAGGAGAUCCGCGUCUCGCCGGCCGUCAGCCGGCGCGGCCUGCUGCAGGUCUACGAGGAGCAGACGCAGACCUGGCUCAAACGCUGGCUGGUGGUGCGGCGGCCGUACGUGUUCCUGUUCCGUGACGCCAAGGACCCGGUGGAGCGCGGGGUCAUCAACCUGGCCACGGCGCAGAUCCAGUUCAGCGAGGACCAGCAGGACGACGUGCCCAACUCCUUCAGGGUGUCGACGCAGCACCGGCAGUACCUGCUGCAGGCGGUCGGCAAGGACCCGGUCCGGGAGCUCUACGAGUGGCUGUACGCCAUGAACCCGCUGCUGGCCGGGCAGAUCAGGUCCAAGCAGGGCCGUCGACGCCGGAUCUCCGGCAGUCGUAACUCCAUCCUGGACUCCAAUGAGACGAGCUCAGCGCCGGCGCCCUGCCCGAGUGCGCGGUCGCCUA